AUGUGGCGUAUUUCAAUAUUUUUUUCGCCGACCUAUGCCACUGUAAAUGGACAGCAAGUAGUUAUGCCUAGUAAACUCAAAAAAAAUAAAGCAACAGUUGCUGCAUUCAUACUUGACUGGAUAAGUUCAAUUGUACCAACAUUUAUGGGUAUAUUCGUCGCACUCAUCACAGCUCUUUUACUUUGUCGUUGUUUCUGCAACAGCGAUAAAAAGAAUCGUGUACGUUCUUCGGAAGACUUAACAACACGUGAUAUUUGUAAACUUGUAUUCAGCAAACCGGUACAUCGUUUUCUCUCUUUGGAUUGUAAUUGUCCAUGUUACAUAGCACGGCCAAAACUACGUUUUCAAGUUCGUUUUGCAUUCCUAUGCAUAUCCGCUGUACUUCGUCUUAUAGCAAUUAUUCUCUACAGAACCACUAAAGGUGUUGAUAGCGACGGGAUCUACAUGGCUGAACUAUGUGGUUUAUCAUUUAUAGCGCUUUUCCUAACAUUUCUUAUUGAUUUCUAUCAUUACUGGGUCUGGUGGCAUUAUCGUCCUUCCACAGAUAAAGGUUGUCAUUGUACGCUGUCAAAGAAGCAUCAACGCUACAUACCCUAUCAUCUAAUGGGCGAAUAUCGUACAAUGCUAUUCGGAGAUAAACCAUGUGCAGAUGGAUACGUUUGUACAAAUCGUAAUCUUGAACACAUAAUGAUCUUUCAUCUUGACGAACACAAGCCACAACAGCGUUACUCAGCUGUAAAAAAGUCUGAAAAACCCGAGGAUACAAUUUACGUUGGUUUUCAUCAGACAUCGCCGGCGAACGCAUCGUCUAUUGCACACUCUGACUUUCGACCGUCAUCGGAGGGUAAACUCGGACCUGGAAUCUAUUUUGCACGAUCAAAAGCCGGUACGGAAUAUAAAGCAAAUGAACGCGGUGCAUAUAUUGCAGUUGAAGUGCACAUGGGCAUAGUGAAGGAGGUUACAAAUGCAAAUGUAAACGAUUUCAGAAAGCCAAAUUCACCACCGUAUGAUACUGUGUAUCUAAAUCACGAUAAAGAAGAUAAAGAUGAAUUUUGUGUCAAAGAUGCAUCGCAGAUUAAAAAGUGGGUUAUUGUCGUUGGUAAUGAAUAUGACACACGUCCCGAAAAGUUCGGACUAAUCAAUGAAUUUGAUGAUACAUGGGUGGGGUGUGGCUGCAUUUACUGUUGA